AGGGAGGGAGAGAGAGGACAGUCAUGCACUUACUAGGAGACACCCACACACAAUUUCUCACCAGACACCCACACACACUUUCUCACAUACGCUGCAUACACAUCGGAGCACCUGUUUUGUAGCCACUCUGUGUGUGGAUCUGUUCGUGACACCAAGAUGCCUUCCUGUGGCUGGUUGCUGGCUCUGUCUCUGGCAGCACUGGCAGGAAACACUAUUGGUGCUGUUGCUGAGAGGACUGAGAGGAACUGCACUCUGUCACCGCCGUACCUCCCAAGCACAGCAGUAAAUACCACUCUCCAGCUGCAGGAGUUACGAGAGCGAAUGCUUCCCCUGAAUAUCUCUGCCUACGUUAUCCCUGGCACUGAUGCUCACCUGAGUGAGUACAUUGCACCACGUGAUGCCAGGAUGGCCUUUAUGACCGGCUUUACUGGCUCUGCAGGCACUGCUGUAGUUACUCAGACCAAGGCCGCUCUGUGGACAGACAGCCGCUACUGGGUUCAAGCGGAGAGACAGAUGGACUGCAACUGGGAGCUGGAAAAAGAUGUGUCCAUCAGCAGUGUGGCAGAGUGGCUCAUCUCUGAGGUCCCACCGAGCGGCCAGAUCGGCUUUGAUCCCUUCCUCUUCUCCCUCAAAACACAGGAGGACUACGACGUCAAUCUGGAGUCAAGCAAUCGCAGCCUCAAGUCUAUCCCUGCUAACCUGGUUGACCAAGUGUGGAAGAAAAGACCGGCCAUCCCAUCUGACAACCUCACGCGCCUGCCAGACAGAGUCAUACAAAGGUCCUGGCAGAUGAAAGUGGACCUCAUACGGAAUCAGAUGAGGGACAAUCCAUACCAACCCACAGCUCUUCUGCUGUCAGCGCUGGAUGAAACAGCCUGGCUGUUUAAUCUGCGCGGCAAUGACAUCCCAUACAACCCCUUCUUCUACUCCUACACACUGCUCACAAUGGAUAAGAUCUGGCUCUUUCUUCACACGGACAGAGUGACAGAGGAUUUGAGGGUGUACCUGAACGCCUCCUGUGACGGGUCCCACUGUGUGCAGCUAAAAAGCUACGACACUGUUCUGGAUCAUUUAAAGAACUAUGUGGCGCAGCCUGGGGUUAAAGUAUGGAUCGGCACAGAGUACACAAACUACGCACUUUAUGAGAUCAUUACACCAGAGGACAAACUCAUGACAAGCUCCUACUCUCCUGUGUUGACGACUAAAGCCAUAAAAGAUGAGACUGAGCAGCGAAUCCUGAGAGAUGCUCAUGUGAGGGAUGCCAUCGCAGUCAUCCAGCUGCUGAUGUGGCUGGAGAAGGCUGUGCCUGAGGGGAAGGAGACUGAGCUGACUGCUUCAGAAUACGUCAAUAAGUGUCGCAGCAAACAGAAGGACAGCAGAGGCCCAAGCUUUGAAACUAUCUCUGCAAGUGGUCCCAAUGCUGCUCUUGCCCACUACAGCCCAACAGAAGAAACCAGCAGGAGGUUGACAGUUGAUGAGAUGUACCUGGUCGACUCUGGUGGCCAGUAUCUAGAUGGGACCACUGACAUCACUCGGACAGUUCACUGGGGAACCCCCACUGCAAUGCAAAAGGAGGCCUUCACUCGAGUGCUCAUGGGAAACAUAGAGAUAUCUCGAACUAUAUUUCCCUCUGGGACAAGAGGUGUAAACAUGGAGAUGCUGGGUCGCCGGGCAUUGUGGGAGGUGGGCCUGAACUAUGGCCACGGCACCGGUCAUGGUGUUGGAAACUACUUUGGAGUUCAUGAGUGGCCAGUUGGCUUUCAGGGCAACAACAUUCCCUUCAGAGCAGGCAUGUUCACAUCUAUAGAGCCUGGAUAUUACAAGGAGAACGACUUUGGGAUCCGGAUUGAAGAUGUUGUUGUGGUCAUACCCAUCCAAACAAAGUAUGGUCACAACUUUCUGACCUUUGACACAGUGUCACUGGUUCCAUAUGACAGAAAGCUGAUUGACACGUCUCUCCUCAGCUCAGAACAGCUUCAGUGGCUAAAUAAAUACUACGAGACCAUCCGGAAGCUGGUGGGUCCAGAACUGGACAAGCAGGGACUACGUGAGGAGAAGGACUGGAUGCUCAGAAACACCGAGCCCUUCAUGGUGUCUGGAUCCUCUGCGUCCGUCUCCUCCUCCUCACUGACCCUCAUCGCUCUGGCCUUCGCUCUCCUCCACAACAUCAUCUGAGCAUCUCCAUCUUUCUUGCACUCACUCCAUUCACAGCAGACUUGCACACUAAUGUUACCCCUAUGCAGUCUCUACUGAGCAGCUAUACCAGGCAUACCAGCAUUUUUUUUUUUUAAUUAAAGGAUAUAUUUGUUUAAUAAUUUAACUGUGUGAAUAAAUGUCUGAUAUUGUGCUGUUCAAAGUUUAGAAAUUAUCUUUUGUGUGAUUUUUUUUUUUAUUGAUGUUUUAGCUUUUUGGUUUUUAAACUGGUCAUUUGUAUGACCAGCUUAUAUAAUUUCUAUUUUAUUAAAGUAACACACUUUAAAACAGAGGGGUGUACUUGGGUCAUGAAUCUGAUCGCACAAAAUCAUAAAAGACUUGAAACUAAACUUUGACUUCUAUAUCACUGCAUCCCAGUGA